AUGGCGGAACAUAACAAUGUACGUUUGCGUCAAGCCCAGCGUGCGUUCGGCGAUCCGAGGUGCUCGCGUGAGAUGCACGAGACCGUGAUGGAGGAAUUCAACCUGGAGAUACGUGAGAACAGCGCACUGCGUAACCGCUCGCUUGUUCUUUCCGCCCUCGCCGGUCUCAUCUCGGCCGCAGGCGUGCUCGGUGGAAUGGGCCGAGCACNUAACCGCUCGCUUGUUCUUUCCGCCCUCGCCGGUCUCAUCUCGGCCGCAGGCGUGCUCGGUGGAAUGGGCCGAGCACCGCAGACAGGCCACAGCGGCAGAAGCAGUGGAAAUGGCAGUGCCCUACAGAUGGCGCUUUCAGGUCAGUUGAUUGUGCGCGCCAUUGCCGGUGGUGCCGCUGUCGCCUACACCGCCUGUCGCGCGUUGGUGUUUGAGCGCGUCGUGUACGACAUCGAGCUGAAUCGCGAAGUGUGGGAGAUUGAGAACCACCUCACCGGGGAGAUACAGGAGAUGGUGGCCAUCUACAAGGCGCAAGGCUUCUCCGAGGAGGACGCCCUUAUGGUGACGCGCGUCUUCGCGAAGCAGAAGACAGCUUUCGCGAACCUCAUGAUGGUUGAGGAACUCGGAUACUCUCGUCUCGAGCCACCCAGCGGGCGCGAAGCCAUCGUGGAUGCCGCGCUGCCGGCCGCCAUCGGCUACACACUCGGCUGGCUCGUGCCGCUCCUGCCAUUGACGCUGAUGCGGCUGAGCGCGGCACGGCGGCAGACGGUCGGGCUCUGCACGCUGACGGCCGGCUGCAUUGCGGUCAGUGUGGCGCAGUCGGAGGUGUUCUACGGCGGCUACGCAAGUCCACGGAAGGCCCUUCGCGUCACUAUUUGGAACGUGUCGGCCGCCGGUAUUAUAUUCGCUGCGGCGCGUAUCGCGUCGCGUUUAUUUCAGAGCGAUUGA